UACUGCAUAAGGUGGAGCUUGGCUGCUGCUGCCUCCUCCUCCUCCCCAAGACCAUUUUGAUAAGAAAUCUACCAUCUGGUAUUUCACACAAGGCUCUGUGUAUUUUGUGAGGAGUCAGAGAAACAGGAAUCGAGUCAUCCACAUCCUGCUUCUCAUUAAGAUUUAAGGAGAGGCUCCAAGGAUAAUCCCUUUAAGAAGCAGCAUCAGCGAUGGAUGGAGAGCAGGGAGCCUCCUGAUUGACUCCAGCCUCCUCCCUUCCCUGCUACUCACUGUCUAUGUGCACAGGCUGCUCGCAGACACACAAUGGCCAAACAAUAUGAUGUUCUAUUCAGAUUACUUCUCAUUGGGGACUCUGGGGUUGGAAAAACAUGUUUGCUCUGCAGAUUCACAGACAACGAAUUCCAUCCUUCCCAUAUCUCAACAAUAGGAGUUGAUUUUAAAAUGAAGACCAUAGAUGUUGAUGGCAUCAAAGUGCGGAUACAAAUCUGGGACACGGCUGGCCAGGAGAGAUACCAGACAAUAACGAAACAGUACUAUAGAAGAGCACAGGGUAUAUUUUUAGUAUAUGAUAUUACAAGCGAGCGUUCCUACCAGCAUAUAAUGAAGUGGGCCAGUGACGUAGAUGAGUAUGCACCUGAUGGCGUCCAGAAGAUAUUAAUUGGAAACAAAGCUGAUGAAGAACAAAAAAGGCAGGUCGGGAAGCACCAAGGAAUGAAGCUUGCAGAGGAAUAUGGCAUGGACUUCUACGAAACAAGUGCCUGCACCAACUAUAAUAUAAAGGAGUCCUUCACUCGACUGACAGAGUUGGUCCUAAUGGCUCAUAAGAAGGAAUUAGAUGGCUUACGUAUUGCAUCUAACGAUGAACUGAAUCUAGCUGAGCUUGAAGAGGAUGGCCGCAAAGCUGAUGGAACAGCAACUUCCAAGUCAUGUUGGUGCUAGGUGUUCUCUCCUGGAAAUAGAUACAGAGGGAAGAUUCAACAGAAAUGGAGCAUCUGAAAUGUUCUAUUCUGAAAGUGCCGUGGGUCUUGACUGAUGUUGAAGGCCCCAGUUUUGACUAAAGAUUUUUUUUUUGUUGGCAAAUGUAGUUAAAAAAAAAAACAUAUGAAAAUCGUCCAGUUUGAAAAAUAGAUGCAUAGUUGACAACAUUUUCAUGAAAUUUGCAGAGAUCCUAAAGGGUACAUGCUUCUAAGAGAAUUGUGUCAUACGUCUUCUAAAUGAAUCAGUAACACCUACUGUAAAGACACUAUAAAAAGUAUUUCCUAAGAGAAAUAUUCUAAAUAUUGUGCAUGCUUUUAUCAACAAAAAACUACUUUCUAGCAGGAAAAACAAAAUUGUACCUUCAGUAGGAAAGGACUAAACCAUUUAAAGGGAACCUGUCAGAUUUAAAGGGGUUGUCAGACAAUCUGUUAAAGUAAAUACUUGCACUUGUGUAAAUGCUUGAUAUACCUGCUCCCCAUGUGGGUUUAUAUAAAACGAAUAAUGUAUCUUUAGGGCCCUUUGUGCUGUCUCUCUCAGGCAAAGAAUGUAGUCCACUUCCUCAUCUGUGCCUGCUCAAUUACUACAAUUACCAUAAAGCAUUUCACCCUUACAGUCUCCCAGCCAUGUGCUGAAAUUCCCUAUCUCCCAUCCAGCUCAUGCACCUUGCACCUCUGUCACCAUCUAACAGCUUUCUGAAGAAUAUUAUAAAAAAAAGCUUACUGCAGUAUAUUUCAAAGGUGCAUAACAUUUCAUAUGCAAUUGAUUUAGACAUAUUUUUUUUUUUGCCAGACUACCCCUUUAAAAUGCAGUCCAAACUGCAUUUAGCAUGUUAUAGAGCAACAAAGAUGAGUAAGUUCUUAAAGGGGGACAUUUAUCAAAGCAUUUAGUAGUUUUUUUUUUUGCUUAAAAUUGUCGCAAAUAAAGUUGCACGUGCGACUACGCUAUUUUGCAUGUUCAGUGUCCUAAGCAAAAAAUAAAAAUCUUGCUUGCCAAAGCAAAAAGUGAUUUUUGACUUGCAGUGGUCAGAGAUUUAGCAAGUGCAAAAGUAGCAAAAAAGUCACAUUACAUGAAAAAACAUACUAAAUUUACUCCAGCUCAGACAUGGAGCAGAAAAAGCCACUGCCAAAGCAAAAAAAGAAAAAUUGCUUAAGUGAAAGAAAUUAAUCAACAGGCUGAAAGCAGUUGAUAAAUUAGUCGCACAUAAGCAAAUAAAAAAAUAGUAAGAAAAAAAUAACUAAUAAAAGGAAUACAUAAGCAAACAUUUAUAAAUGUCCCCCAUAUAGAUUAGUUUUUUCUAUGGGAAAAGUUCUAGUACAACUUUUAUUCAAGUAAAUCUCUCAUCAUUUUGGGCUAAGUGGUCAAGUGGGCGGUCCUACUCUGUGACUGACAGCAUUCUCUGUAUGCAUACAGAGAUAGUUGUCAUUCACUGACAGGACCACCCACUGGGCUGUUUUGCCCUGAAAAAGCAUUAAUUUCAGCUAAUAAAUUCAAGAUUAUACCAAAUCUUUUCCCAGAAAAUGUUAUACCAAUCUGCUCAGCUCCUCCUCUAUAACAUGAUGCUAUCUGGAGAUUCAUUUUCAACAUGUCAGGUUGCCUUUUCACUGUUUGUUCCUUUCCUACUGGAGGUACAAUUUAGUUUUUCCCAAUUAAAGAAAAUAGACUAGAAAAAAAGAAUCUGAUUUGUCUCCCUGACAAUGCAUCACUCCUGUCCAUGGGAUGCCCCUGGUAUUGUAAAUAAAUAAAACAAUUUAGAUCCUUACUUUAAAACUUUACAAUCCAUUUGAAGAUAAAAGGUUGUCUUAAAGGGGUACUCCGCUGCUCAGCGUUUGGAACAAACUGUUCCGAACGCUGGAGCCGGCACCG